AUUCUCUUCCCACAAAAACAUAACUCUUGUCUCUCUCUCUCUCUCCACACUUGCUCUGUAUUAAUAGAACGAUUCUCUCUUCCGGAAAAUUUGUCUCAUCACAAUUUGAUUUCUUCUUCUUCUUCUUUUUUUUGUCUUUCUUAAAGAGAACGAGAGAAGUCAAAAUGGUUUUGUGGGUAUUCGGAUAUGGAUCUCUGAUCUGGAACCCAGGCUUCCAAUUUGACGAGAAGCUCAUUGGCUACAUCAAAGACUACAAACGCGUCUUCGAUCUUGCGUGUAUCGAUCAUAGAGGCACCCCUGAACAUCCUGCUAGAACUUGCACGUUGGAGCAAUCCACUGGAGCUAUAUGCUGGGGUGCUGCUUAUUGUGUUCGUGGAGGACCCGAGAAGGAGAAACUAGCAAUGGAGUAUUUGGAACGGAGAGAGUGUGAAUACGACUCAAAAACCCUUGUGGAGUUUUACACUGUAAGAAAUUUGUUAUUGUUUGUUAUUGUUGUAUUUUCCAAAUUUAGAAAGUUCUUCUGUUGUAUUCAUUUAGUUUCUAUUCAUUGGAUGCAGGAAACCGAAACCUCCAAGCCAAUCUUGACCGGAGUUAUUGUCUUCACUUCAACUCCAGACAAAGUGUCGAACAAAUACUAUUUGGGUCCUGCUCCAUUGGAGGAAAUGGCGAAGCAAAUCGCCACAGCUUCUGGACCUUGUGGGAACAACCGGGAGUAUCUUUUCAAGCUUGAGAAAGCAAUGCACGACAUUGAGCACGAGGAAGAGUAUGUGAUCGAAUUGGCUAACGAGGUGAGGAAACAGCUCGACUUACCAAAGGAAGUGAAGUCAUUGUUGAAGCCUUCGGUUUCUCAUGUACCCAUCAACUCUCAAGCUCAAGCUCAAGCUCAUGUUUCCACUCUUCCACGGGUUUUUGCAUCAUGAGUGACAAGCAAAAGUCAUCGAGCUAACUUAACAACAUUUGUUGUGAUGAGGAAUUUACGGAUGUAGCUCUUUAUCUUUCGACUUCAAAUUUGAUAUCAGUUUUUAACUUUUAGAAUUUUGAAUCCUGAAAACCGAGCUUCAUAUGUUUUUUUGUUUCCUCUGUAUUCUCAGUGAGAAUUUUUUAACUUAAUGACAUAUGAAGAUUCGAUUUUUU